AUGACUUUCCUUGGACCAGACUCAAACCAAAUCUUCCGUUACUUACCCCAAUACACGAAAGUUACUUACACUAGUACACUUAUACACACACAAACACUCAGACAAUUAAUAUCAAUGGAGAAGAUAUCAAAUUUGCUAGAAGACAAGCCAGUGGUGAUAUUCAGCAGGAGUUCGUGCUGUAUGAGCCACACGAUCAAGUCGCUCAUAUCUGGCUACGGUGCGAAUCCAACGGUAUACGAGCUAGAUGAGAUGUCCAAUGGACCCGAGAUCGAACGAGCAUUGGUCGAGCUUGGGUGCAAACCAACCGUGCCAGCUGUCUUUAUAGGGCAACAGCUCAUAGGUGGUGCUAAUCAGCUUAUGUCUCUUCAAGUCAGAAACCAACUAGCUUCGUUGCUCAGAAGAGCUGGAGCCAUUUGGAUUUAACACCUUCGUCGUAAUAAAACGCGUAAUCUUUUUUUACUACUUUUUAUAUCUUUUAGUAUAGAGUGUAAUGAGCGUUUGAAGUAUAUAUAAAUAUAUAUAAUAUAUAUAUAUAUAUAUAUAGUAAUUACAAGAAGAAAAAAUAAAGCGAUUUGAUUCAAUGUCGCUUGUGUUGUUGAAUGGAAUCGCAAUUGUUUAGAAAUAAGAUCAUAUUUUCGUCAUAUGUAUUUACCGGAUAACAUUAUAAUUAAGUGGU